CACAACACAAAAAAAGCUCCGUCCUUAAUGUGCAUGAAACCAACUGGAACAGAUGAUUUGACUUGAAGUGCCAUUUCCACCAACUUUUUCUGCAUCUAAUUUAAAGAUACACACACAGGAAAGGAGAUUCCACACUUGUGCAAGGGGAACUAAAUUAUCCGUUCAUCAACAAGCUGAUUUUUCACCACUGACCGGAAUAAACAAGCAGGUGGAAAAUGACGAGCAUAUUACUUUUCAGCCUUUUUUGCUUAUUUCUGCGACCUGGUGAGGCUCAGUUCCCCCGAGCGUGUUGCACCGUGGAGAGUAUCUUGUCCAAGCAGUGCUGCCCUGCCCUGGGCUCCGAUCCUGCAAACAUAUGCGGCACUCUGACGGGGAGAGGAAACUGCACCGCUGUCCGGGUCGACACCAAACCCUGGGGAGGACCGUACAUGCUCAGGAACGUUGAUGACCGGGAAAGGUGGCCCACCAAAUUCUUCAACCAGACGUGCAGGUGUAGUGGUAACUUUGCGGGUUACGACUGUGGGCAGUGCAAAUUUGGUUGGACCGGCCCAAACUGCGACCAGAGAAAAGUUCCCAUCAUUCGAAAGGACAUCCACACGCUGAGCUCGACAGAGCUCCAGGAGUUCCUGGACACGCUGCAACUGGCUAAAACCACCAUCCACCCAGAUUACAUGAUCGCCAUGCAGCACUGGCUGGGCCUCCUGGGACCAAACGGAACCGAGCCCCAGUUUGCCAACAUCUCUAUCUACGACUUCUUCGUGUGGCAACACUACUACUCUGUCCGAGAUACUCUACUUGGUCCAGGUCGCCCGUUCACAGCCAUUGAUUUCUCACACAAAGGACCUGCGUUCAUCACCUGGCAUAGGUACCACCUCCUCAGCUUGGAAAGAGACCUUCAGAGGCUGACUGGCAAUGAGAACUUUGCGAUCCCUUACUGGAACUUCGCCACCGGGCAAAAUGAUUGUGACGUGUGCACAGACGCUCUGCUGGGAGGCCAAAACCCAGACAACCCCUCCCUCAUCAGUAACCAGUCCAGAUUCUCCAACUGGGGGGUGGUGUGUAACAGUUUGGAUGACUACAAUCGCCUGGUGACUCUUUGCAAUGGCACCAAUGAGGGUUUGAUUCAGAGAGGCGUGAUGAGAGGAGCUAACAUGACUUUGCCCACCAUGAGUGAUGUUCGCAGCUGUCUUGGUAUUCGAGACUUUGACAGCCCUCCGUACUUCACCAACUCUUCCUUCAGUUUUAGAAACGCCCUGGAAGGGUAUGAUAAACCCGACGGAGAACUGGGUGAAACUGUCAAUAAUCUUCACAACCUGGUCCACGCUUUGCUUAACGGAACCAGCUCGUUGCCUCACUCCGCAGCCAAUGACCCCAUCUUCCUGGUUCUCCACGCAUUCACAGAUGCCAUCUUUGAUGAGUGGAUGAGGAGGUUUGUCCCAUCCAAUGCCAGCUUCCCAGAUGAAAUGGCUCCCAUCGGUCAUAACCGGGACUACAACAUGGUUCCGUUCUUUCCUCCAAUCACAAAUGAGGAGCUCUAUAUUACAUCAGAGCAACUUGGGUAUUCCUAUGCCGUUACCUUUGAAGAUGCAGAAGGAUCGUCCGUGUUUGUGCUGGGAUCCACCCUUGGGGGAGUCUUCAUCGGGCUCUUGGCCCUCCUCCUUAUCUUUGUGCUCUAUCUUCGCCAGCGUAGAAACACGGGCUUUGAACCCCUGAUAAAAGCGGACUUCACACAUAGGAAGUACACAGAGGAAGCUUAGAACCUUAUCAGGUUGUAGGGACACAGAGAAAUGAAACCUACUGUGUUAUCAAGGCCUGCAUGAAACAAAAGGAAAAUAUUAAUCGUGUCGCUCAGGGGUGGGGAACCUUCAGUCCGUGGGCUGUGUAUAAGUCCUGCAAGGGCACUUGAUCCAGCUUAAAAUAUUAGACAAAAUUGGAACUCUUCUGAAGACCCCAAACACUGACCAAAAUGAAAACAUCACAGCCCCUCAUAGGAACAAGGUUCCCAAACCCUGUUGCAGAUCAAUGUUUGCCAAACUUUAUUGAACCAAGUCACAUAUUUUACUUGGGAAAACUCCCGCACCGCACCACCAAGAAAAAUGUCACAAAAAUUAUAUAUAUACUAAAAUUUAUUUUCAUAAAUUUACUCACAAAUUGAUUUAGUCAAUGUGAAAUCUGGGCCCUUUUAAUUGAACACAAUGCUCUUAUUCUGUUGUAUAAAUGGCAACAGUUGGCUACACAGGUUAAUUGUACUUUCUGCCAUCUAUUGGAAGAACAUUUAUUCUGCUUGUCAACAUACAUCAUUGGCAUUGACAGAUGAACAGUAAUAAUAGUGAUAAUUUCCUGUGGCACACCUGAUGAUCCCUCACGGCAUAUUAGAGUGGUUGGGGAAUCACUUGUAGAUGAAUGACAUGCCGAAACAAUGAAAAUCAUGAAAUAAUUAAGCCCUUUAACAUGCUUUUAGUAAAAUGUAACAAAAAAAACCCCACUAAAUUUAUUUCAACUAUUUGGAAAGAAAUUUUGUCUUAUUUGCACUCCAGAGCCACCACAAAUAAGAACCUAUUGUAUUGUUUUUAACAAAUAUUUAUUCUUAAGAACAGUACAAAAAAAAAAAAAAAACACUGACUGCAAUCCCCUUCA